AUGUUUUGCACUAGGACAACCUCCUUGUUCCUCAACUGGACACAGUUAUUCCCAGUGGACAUCUGCAUGGAGAAGUGAGUGAACUGCAUUUUUUAUACUGCUCUUUCACUGUUAGACCAUUUGGGACUGGGCCAUUGUCAUGCUGCUUUUGUAGUGUUUUCUCUGCAUCUGACUGUGUUGCUCUCAUGGCCUCUCUUUCUGACAGCCUCCGUAUAACCUGCUCUAAAGGCUUGUUUGGUUUUCUUAUCAUUCUUUUUAACUGGCCAAGAAAAUUCUUGAAGGGGAAGCAAGAGAUAUUGUCAAGAACACCAAAUGCUUGUGCUUCAUGUCUGAGAUGGGUUAGGCAAUACAUGUUAUAUGUUAUGUUUUCCUUCCCAUACAGGCAGCUGCAGUGGUCCACAAACAAAACCAGGAGGUUUCCAGCAUAGUCUGUGUGGUCUGCACACAAGGAUACACUUAGGAAGAUGGUCAUGGCAACUGCAAGCAACAUGACGUUUUCAUACAUCACCCUUGGAAUAUUCCCUUUUAAACAGUGUACAAGAGAAAUGUACGGAACUCAGUUGCCUUCCAACGGUCAGACUCAUUCAGUGAUCUAGGUUUUCUGUUGUUUCUGAUGGAGUGUGAGGUCAGUCAGCUGUGAAGAUACAUUUCUGACAACAGCUGGACCUAAACGUGUUUUCAGUGGCCCUUUCUGCCAUUGAAUUAUCAGUUUCCGUGUAACUCCCAAACAAACCAGGUGCAUGUAGUCAAGAGGAAACGGUGUCACCGAACCAAUUGAUAAUGAUACUAAAGGUGUUGUCCCACUGUAAUGAGAGUCAUUAGUCAAAUCAUCAAAAGUGUAGUGGUUGGACCUCAGAGGGGCUGUUGUUUCUGGGAAGGUCAUAUAAUUCAGGUAGUAGACUCCCCUUUGACAGCAUUUGUCACAGCCAUAGUAGCCAUUGUGACCUUUUGCAUUUCUGACAAAGGCCCUUACUGGUGCGUCACAAGUAAUGGACUUGAAGAUUUCUGUCUCCAAAAAAACCACCUUCAGUUUCCAGCUGCUGCAUUUCCUCAACAAAGUCAUGCAAGAAAUCAAGACUGGUUGAUUUCUUCUCCUCAAAGAACAUCACAAUGACAUAAGGUGACUUGUUUGUCUGGACCACGCCUUUGUAGAUUUCUACUAGUCCUAAAAUAGGCCAGAAUUGAGCAUUUGAGCUCUUGUAUAGAGGAAGGCAACAUCUGUUCAUACAAGGUUGUCUGAGUCAGUGUCCCUCCAAAUCUCGUUAACCCCACCCUCACUACCACUUAUUGUACAAACAUCAGCUGGCUCAACCCUACUAUUUGACUCCUGCGUUGGAAGAGCCACUUGCACAAAAUUGCUCAUGCCAUAACAAUCAUGCCUCUCUUCCCUUUCCACAGAUCCUGACUUUAGUUUUUGCAAAUCUUGUGCAACCUCCUUUGAAUUUUUCUAUGUUUACUCCAGUAACUGGACAUUCCACCUUGCCCGUCAUCCCGGGACGGCCUCCGAGAGGGACAAGGUGGCCUUGGGGAUCUCGGUGCUGACAGGCCGGGCUCUGGAGUGGGUGCACACCGUCUGGGAGAAGGACGGUCCAGAAGUGCAGUCCUAUGAGCGCUUCACCCAACUCUUCCGUGCCGUCUUUGACCACCCAACAGAGGGCCAAGAGGGAGGUGAGCAUCUCCUCCGUCUACGCCAGCGUCGGAGUACGCUCUGGAUUUCCGAACGGUGGCUGUGUACACUGGCUGGAACGACCAGGCCCUGUUGACAGUUUUCCGCAGCGGGCUACAGGCGGACGUCCAGACCGAGCCGGCCUGUCGCAAUGAGGACCUUACGCUGGACCAGCUCAUCGCCAUGGCUAUCCACCUGGAUAAUCUCCUGCGUGCCCGUCGUCGCCCAUCCCGGGGGUUCGGGUCUCUCCCAGGAACCUCCAGCGAGACUGAGCCCAUGGAGGUGGGCACGACGCACCUUCCACCCUGCGGAAUGUCAACGGCGCCGUCAACAGGGUCUCUGCUCCUACCGCGGGGAGUCGGACCACCCCUGGAACACCUGUCCCAGAAAGUGAACCAGGCGAGGAAGCGACAGGCCGAGGAGCGCUCCUGCACCUUCCCAGGUAGGCGUGGACGUACCUCCAGGUAGGCGUGGACGUACCUCCUCCCUGUCACCUUCCCUGACUAUCCUGGUCCCCCACUGAGUCCUGCCCUAGUGGACUCAGGUGCUGCAGGCAAUUUCCUAGACCGGUCAGUGGCCUUAUCAUUACGCAUUCCUUUAGUCCCUUUACAACCCCCUAUCCCAGUCCAUGCCCUAGACAACCGUCCCCUAGGAACAGGACUGGUGCGCCAGACCAAGAUUUCAUUUCCCUCACAGUUAAUCACAACCACCAUGAACGCAUCACUUUCCUCAUCUUAGACUCUCCUGCACACCCCGUAGUUUUAUGUUUCCCCUGCCUACAGUUGCAUAACCCCAGUAUAUCGUGGACAGAGAGGAGGUUGUUGGGUUCGUCGUAGGAGUGUCAGGGGAGGUGUCUUUCUGUGUCAAUCUGUGCCACCACCGUGGAAAGUCUGGACCAGGCCACCCACGUCCCUAUCCCGGAGGAAUACCGGGACCUAAAGGGGGCCUUGGUGACACCCAUUAUUCCCCUGUCCCGCAUUGUGGCUCCUGUCCUGUGGAAUGUGGAUGCGGACAUCCGUAGAGCCCUGCGACAGGAGCCCUCACCUGCCCACUGUCCCGAGGGGCGUAUCUACAUGCCAUCUGAUAUGCGGGAUCGUCUCCUCGCCUGGGCACACAUAGCACUGUGUCGGGGCACCCGGGUAUAGCCCGUACUAUCGACUGUCUCUCCGUCAAGUACUGGUGGCUGACCUUGGCCCGGGACCUCCGGGUUUACGUCUCUUCCUGCACCACCUGCGCACAGAGCAAUACACCGAGACACCUCCCCUAUGGCAAACUCCACCCGCUGCCGGUUCCACAACGACCCUGGGGACAUCUCUCCGUGGACUUUGUCACAGACCUUCCCCCCUCGGAGGGGCACACCACCGUCCUGGUCGUUGUGAACGGGUUUUCCAAAGCCUGUCGUUUGAUUCCUCUGCCUGGUCUCUCUGCGGACAUGGAGACUGCGGAGGCUCUCUUCUCUCACGUCUUCCGGCACUACAGGAUCCCGGAGGACAUUGUGUCUGACCGUGGUCCUCAGUUCACCUCCCGUGUCUGGAAGGCCUUCAUGGAAUAACUGGGGGUCACGGUCAGCCUCACCUCCGGGUACCAUCCCCAAUCAAAUGGGCAGGUGGAAAGGGUAGAUCAGGAACUGGGUAGGUACCUUCGUAGUUACAGUCAGGACUGGCCAGGGGAGUGGGCUGCGUUUCUGCCUUUGGCAGAAUACGCACAAAACUCCCUCCGUCACUCCUCCACUAACCUCACACCCUUUCAGUGUGUUCUAGGCUAUCAGCCGGCCCUGACACCCUGGCACCGGAGUCAGAUCGAGGCUCCUGCGGUGGACGAUUGGUUCCGGUGUGCCGAGGAGGUAUGGAACACAGCGCACACCCAUCUCCAGCACGUCGUCCUCCGGCAGAAGGUGCAGGCCGAUCGUCACCACAGUGUGGCCCCGGUCUUUCACCCCGGUGACAGGGUCUGGCUUUCUACAAAGGACCUGCCCCUCCGCCUGCCCUGCCGGAAGCUGAGCCCAUGGUUUGUGGGGCCGUUCAAAGUCCUGUCAUGACUCUCAUGUCAUGGUCCCACGUGAGAAGCCCAAGAUCAGAGUACAGAGAAGCAACAGUCUACAGAUCUCCCUCUCUCUCUCCCGUAGUCAUUUUUAUGAACACAGGAUUGAUUGAUGUGGGGGGUUUUAUGACCCUUCGUGCCUUUCCUAAAUGGUUUGCAACAAACGACUCCUUGUUGGUCCCUGGUAUUGAAUGUCUCUGUGUUACAGGGACAGAUUGCCGCCAAAACCCUUUUCUUCAAAAGAUUGGACGUUGGAACGUUCUUUCUGACGUCUAAGUGGUUGGAAUGGUUGGUGGGGCUCUAAAGAAUAAUCAUGUCAUAUUGUUUAUUGUUUUGUGAUGUCAUUAAGGAUGGUAUUACUAAAUAACUGUAUCUCUGGAAGUUUACACAUUUCAGUUAUCAGGUUUGCAUCUAAAUGUUGUAUAAAAUAUAUGAUUAAGUAUGAGAAUACGUUUGUGAAGAUAGCAAUGUGAUUUUAACCUUUUAAAUGAGAUAAUAGUUUUUCAUAGAGACUUUUGCCAGUCAGUAACUUCGCCCAAGUAAGCACAGACAUUGGGUCAGCGUGAUGAAAUGCCCCUUCUUACCCAAGCAUAAAAGCCUUGAAAAACAAAUGAACAUUAGAUCAGCCGACAUGCAGCGCGAGCUGAAUAUGGCAAAAAGGUUUAAACAUGUCACAAUCGUUCAUUAACGAGAAGGACCAAGGCGCAGCGUGAUAUGCAUUCAUAUUUAUUUCCGUACUGAACACACGACAAAAGAACAGAACGAAACGUGAAGUCCAAGGUAGACAAAUAACAUACCUUUACGGAACAAGAUCCCACACAGACUGGUGCCAAAAGGCUGCCUAAGUAUGGGCCCCAAUCAGAGACAACGAGCUACAGCUGCCUCUGAUUGGGAACCACCCUGGCCAACAUAGAUCUAAACGAUCUAGAAACUAAACACAACACGAAAUAUACACACCCUGACUCAACAAAUAACCGUCCCCUGAGUCAGGGCGUGACAGUACCCCCCCCCAAAAGGUGCGGACUCCGACCGCGCCACAUAAACCUAAUAGGGUAGGGGCCGGGUGGGCAUUCUGCCUCGGAGGCGGAUCCGGCUCCGGGUGUAACCACCACUUACUCUCCACCUCCCCGUUGCGCCCCUGGUCUGGUCUGGAACCGCUGACUGGAGCUGGAUCAGGCACCGGUGGAGCGGACUGCUCUGGCUCCGAAGUGGAGCCGCUGACCGGGGCUGGACUGGACCCCGGUGGAGCGGAUUGCUCUGGCUCCGGAGUGGAGCAGCUGACCGAUGGAAAAGGCACGGGCCGUGCCGGAUUGGACCUGGCUGAUGACGGGGAGCAGGAACGGACCGGACCUGGCUGAUGACGCGCACCCCUGGCUUGGUGCGGGGAGUAGGAACGGGCCGGACUGUGCUGACAACGCGCACCACUGGCCUGGUGCGGGGAGCAGGAACAGGCCGGACUGGGCUGACGACGCGCACCCCUGGCUUGGUGCGGGGAGCAGGAACGGGCCGGACUGGGCUGACGACGCGCACCAAUGGCUUGGUGCGGGGAGCAGGAACGGGCCGGACUGGGCUGACGACGCGCACCCCUGGCUUGGUGCGGGGAGCAGGAACGGGCCGGACUGGGCUGACGACGCGCACCCCUGGCUUGGUGCGGGGAGCAGGAACGGGCCGUACUGGGCUGACGAUGCGCACCACUGGCUUGGUGCGGGGAGCGGGACUGGGUUCCUUCAUAAACCCCCGCUCCUUCUGCUGCCUAACCAGCUCCUCUCGCCGUGCCUCUACACUUUCCUUCUCCUCCCUCUGCACCAAUGACCCCCUUAAUCUGGCGGCCUCCUCUGCUAAACGGCUGAACCGCUCUAUUGCGGCCUCCUGCUGCCUCGUCGUCCACGGCGUGAGCCCCCCCCUAUAUUUUUUUGGGGCUUGUCUCUCCCCCGUGAUCAUGGCCUCCAUCCCUCUUGCCAGACUCUCGCUCAUUUCCUCCCAAGUCCAUCCUCUCUCCUCAUCACGCUGCUUGAUCCAGGAUUGGUGGGAUCUUCUGUCACAAUCGUUCAUUAACGAGAAGGACCAAGGCGCAGCGUGAUAUGCAUUCAUAUUUAUUUCCGUACUGAACACACGACAAAAGAACAGAACGAAACGUGAAGUCCAAGGUAGACAAAUAACAUACCUUUACGGAACAAGAUCCCACACAGACUGGUGCCAAAAGGCUGCCUAAGUAUGGUCCCCAAUCAGAGACAACGAGCUACAGCUGCCUCUGAUUGGGAACCACCCUGGCCAACAUAGAUCUAAACGAUCUAGAAACUAAACACAACACGAAAUAUACACACCCUGACUCAACAAAUAACCGUCCCCUGAGUCAGGGCGUGACAGUACCCCCCCCCAAAAGGUGCGGACUCCGACCGCGCCACAUAAACCUAAUAGGGUAGGGGCCGGGUGGGCAUUCUGCCUCGGAGGCGGAUCCGGCUCCGGGUGUAACCACCACUUACUCUCCACCUCCCCGUUGCGCCCCUGGUCUGGUCUGGAACCGCUGACUGGAGCUGGAUCAGGCACCGGUGGAGCGGACUGCUCUGGCUCCGAAGUGGAGCCGCUGACCGGGGCUGGACUGGACCCCGGUGGAGCGGAUUGCUCUGGCUCCGGAGUGGAGCAGCUGACCGAUGGAAAAGGCACGGGCCGUGCCGGAUUGGACCUGGCUGAUGACGGGGAGCAGGAACGGACCGGACCUGGCUGAUGACGCGCACCCCUGGCUUGGUGCGGGGAGUAGGAACGGGCCGGACUGUGCUGACAACGCGCACCACUGGCCUGGUGCGGGGAGCAGGAACAGGCCGGACUGGGCUGACGACGCGCACCCCUGGCUUGGUGCGGGGAGCAGGAACGGGCCGGACUGGGCUGACGACGCGCACCAAUGGCUUGGUGCGGGGAGCAGGAACGGGCCGGACUGGGCUGACGACGCGCACCCCUGGCUUGGUGCGGGGAGCAGGAACGGGCCGGACUGGGCUGACGACGCGCACCCCUGGCUUGGUGCGGGGAGCAGGAACGGCCGUACUGGGCUGACGAUGCGCACCCCUGGCUUGGUGCGGGGAGCGGGACUGGGUUCCUUCAUAAACCCCCGCUCCUUCUGCUGCCUAACCAGCUCCUCUCGCCGUGCCUCUACACUUUCCUUCUGCUCCCUCUGCACCAAUGACCCCCUUAAUCUGGCGGCCUCCUCUGCUAAACGGCUGAAACCGCUCUAUGCGGCCUCCUGCUGCCCUCGUCGUCCACGGCGUGAGCCCCCCCCUAUAUUUUUUUGGGGCUUGUCCUCUCCCCCGUGAUCAUGGCCCUCCAUCCCUCUUGCCAGACUCUCGCUCAUUUCCUCCCAAGUCCAUCCUCUCUCCUCAUCACGCUGCUUGAUCCAGGAUUGGUGGGAUCUUCUGUCACAAUCGUUCAUUAACGAGAAGGACCAAGGCGCAGCGUGAUAUGCAUUCAUAUUUAUUUACAUACUGAACACACGACAAAAGAACAAAACGAAACGUGAAGUCCAAGGUAGACAAAUAACAUACCUUUACGGAACAAGAUCCCACACAGACUGGUGCCAAAAGGCUGCCUAAGUAUGGUCCCCAAUCAGAGACAACGAGCUACAGCUGCCUCUGAUUGGGAACCACCCUGGCCAACAUAGAUCUAAACGAUCUAGAAACUAAACAUAACACGAAAUAUACACACCCUGACUCAACAAAUAACCGUCCCUGAGUCAGGGCGUGACAAAACACUACAGACCAGGAAGCCCCACGGCUUAAAAUGGUUGACACUCUACAGAUCAGCAGACGUGAAGCGUGAGCUAAACGUUACAAAAUGGUUAGAACAGAAAGACCAGAAAACGUGAGACGGUAGUCCAUACGUUUGAAAUGGUGAAACUCUGAAACUCUCAACCUCUACACAAGGUGAAGAAGAAGACCACGCGCUGGACCUUAUCAUAUCAGUCUGCAGCUGGCAUGUAUAGUCGUCUAGAGAACUUUCACUAAAGACAUGAGUUGGGAAGGACAAUCCCUCUCCGACCACUGUUGGUACAUCUGAAGUAUCUAUCAAAACAGAUCAACUCCACGAACUACAGAGUACGCUGAAGUAUCCAUUCUAACCACCACUACGACCAGAAACUCUACCAAGGACAUUGGGAUCUCUGGUGGGCAAACCAGAGUCCUACAUCACCAACUCAACUAUCGAGGACAGCUACACGUAAAUACAUGUUGCAUUUCUAAUCCGAAUGAGCGGGUGCUAAGCAUUUCUAUUUCCAUGAGCGUAGUUUACAAAUGUCCAAUAGGUGAAUGCCUUUGUCUCCUUCUUCCCCCCCUCUCUCUGAAUCAGCCAACCCUCCUUCUACCCAAGCAUUCAUGCUAUUGUUAGUCCAGUCCACUAGGGACCUGUUUUCAUUGUAUUACGUUAGUAAUCAAUAACCUAUGUGUGCAUGUGUGUUUGUAUUCUGUGUUAUUAUUUAGUUAGUUAGUAAAUCCGAUCCUCGUUUGUUAAGUCAAAUGACACUGCUGGUCCUGCUCACACUGCCCUACCCUAUGCUUUGACUUCUUUCUCCCCUCUCUCUCCAGAUAAAAUCUUGCGACUUGUGACAGCAGGCCGCCCAACAACCUGCCCGCUUGACCCUAUCCCCUCCUCUCUUCUCCAGACCAUCUCCGGUGACCUUCUCCCUUACCUCACCUCGCUGAUCAACUCAUCCUAGACCGCUGGCUAUGUCCCUUCCGUCUUCAAGAGAGCGAGAGUUGCACCCCUUCUCAAAAAACCAACACUCGAUCCCUCUGAUGUCAACAACUACAGACCAGUAUCCCUUCUUUCUUUUCUCUCCAAAACUAUUGAGCGUGCCGUCUUUAGCCAACUCUCUUGCUAUCUCUCUCAGAAUGACCUUCUUGAUCCAAACCAGUCAGGUUUCAAGACUGGUCAUUCAACUGAGACUGCUCUUCUCUGUGUCAUGGAGGCUCUCCGCACUGCUAAAGCUAACUCUCUCUCCUCUGCUCUUGUCCUUCAAGACCUGUCUGCUGCCUUUGAUACUGUGAACCAUCAGAUCCUCCUCUCCACCCUCUCCGAGCUGGGCAUCUCCGUCCGGCGCGGCUCACUCUUGGAUUGCGUCCUACCUGACAGGUCGCUCCUACCAAGUGGCGUGGCGAGAAGCUGUCUCCGCACCACGUGCUCUCACCACUGGUGUCCCCCAGGGCUCAGUUCUAGGCCCUCUCCUAUUCUCAAUAUACACCAAGUCACUUGGCACUGUCAUAUCCUCACAUGGCCUCUCCUAUCAUUGCUACGCUGACGACACACAACUAAUCUUCUCCUUUCCCCCUUCUGAUAACCAGGUGGCGAAUCGCAUCUCUGCAUGUCUGGCAGACAUAUCAGUAUGGAUGACGGAUCACCACCUCAAGCUGAACCUCGGCAAGACGGAGCUGCUCUUCCUCCCGGGGAAGGACUGCCCGUUCCAUGAUCUCGCCAUCACGGUUGACAACUCCGUUGUGUCCUCCUCCCAGAGUGCGAAGAGCCUUGGCGUGACCCUGGACAACACCCUGUCGUUCUCGGUGGGUUCUCGUCGUUCUCGAUCCUGUAGGUUCAUGCUCUACAACAUUCGGAGAGUACCACCCUGCCUUACACAGGAAGCGGCACAGGUCCUAAUCCAGGCACUUGUCAUCUCCCGUCUGGAUUACUGCAACUCGCUGUUGGCUGGGCUCCCUGCCUGUGCCAUUAAACCCCUACAACUCAUCCAGAAUGCCGCAGUCCGUCUGGUGUUCAACCUUCCCAAGUUCUCUCACGUCACCCCGCUCCUCCGCACACUCCACUGGCUUCCAGUUGAAGCUCGCAUCUGCUACAAGACCAUGGUGCUUGCCUACGGAGCUGUGAGGGGAACGGCACCUCCGUACCUUCAGGCUCUGAUCAGUCCCUACACCCAAACGAGGGCACUGCGUUCAUCCACCUCUGGCCUGCUGGCUCCCCUACCUCUGCGGAAGCAUAGUUCCCGCUCAGCCCAGUCAAAACUGUUCGCUGCUCUGGCACCCCAAUGGUGGAACAAUCUCCCUCACGACGCCAGGACAGCGGAGUCACUCACCACCUUCCGGAGACAUUUGAAACCCCACCUCUUUAAGGAAUACCUGGGAUAGGAUAAAGUAAUCCUUCUACCCCCCCCCCCCCCCCCCCCCCAAAAAAAAAAAAAAAAAAAACAUUGUAAAGUGGUUAUCCCACUGGCUAUAAGGUGAAUGCACCUAUUUGUAAGUCGCUCUGGAUAAGAGCGUCUGCUAAAUGACGUAAAUGUAAAUGUAAAUGUAAAUAAAUAAUUAAGCCAAUUUGUGUAUUGCUCAUUCAUCAAUAGGGUUAGGGUUCUUGCAGGUUCAAGGACUAUGCGACGUUCAGAAUGAGACUGAUAAGAGGUAAUUAUUUAAUAAGUGACUGUUAUCGAUAUAUAACAUAUAUCUUCUAAGAGUUUUAUUCGGGAGAUGGUAACUCAUUAAACAACUUCUUCCGUGGUGCCCCAAAUUCCUAAUGAGUUAAUUGUUACAUGAUUAAUUUAAUAGAGUGACAAUUAAACAUAGUUAGUCGAUUCGAUAAAUAACAGUCACCAUAUUAAUAUAAGUCACGUCACGGCAGUCCUGAGGAGAAUCAAUGAGGUGACGUACAGAUUACAGCUCCCCGUCAAUUACCGUAUCUCACCCUCAUUUCAUCUAUCCCUCCUCAGGCUGGUGGCAGCUGGUCCCUUGGCCAGCCUUCGCUUUGGCACCCCCUCCUGUCCAGCUCAGGCGUUCAGCGUCGCCGGCCUUCUAGCUGCUGCCGAAACUGCUGCUGGCAAACGCCCUUCACUCAUCAACCCCGGACUUGUCCCGUCAUCAUUACACACACCUGGUUCCAAUCCCCACUCUAUCACUGUAUAUAUACUCCCUCUGUCAUUUGUCUUUGUAUAUGUUGCUUGUUUUCCUGAGAGGAAUCUCUCCUACUAUUUCCUGAGUACUUUAUAUUUUGCACUGUGGGUUUUGUCCCGCUUUAAUCUAUGGUGGCUAUGGUGCUUUAAUAAAUGCAGUAGUUCUAAACCUGUGACUGCCUCCUGCCUACUCCUCUCUACACUUGUGACACGAAGAGCUAUGCUAGAAUUGUAUAAACGUGACGAGGACGCCUAUGUGCAGCUGGAUGAGAGCUACAGCUAGCUUAGAGGUAAGUUAGAAUAAUUAAGGUACAUUUGGUGAGCGAACAGGGCUAGCUAGUUAAUUGUAGCAAUAAUUUUAAGUAACCUAGCUUUAAAGUUGCUCUUUACAAUUUAGCCGAGCUAACGUUACAAGGCAGUUCCAACGGCCACUCACGAGACCGCUGCAGCUUGCUAGUUUGUUCUGAAGAACCACUCGCGACCCCGAAGGACCAAUGA